CUAUAUAAGCAAGAUCGAGAUCUAUAGACUCAGUAUGAAGCAGAAUGGCGAGGAGAGGCGAGGAGGAGUACGACUACCUCUUCAAGAUCGUCCUCAUCGGAGAUUCAGGUGUGGGCAAGUCCAAUCUUCUCUCCCGCUUCACUCGCAACGAGUUCUCCCUCGAGUCGAAGUCCACCAUCGGCGUUGAAUUCGCCACGCGUACCCUCCAGGUAGAAGGCCGGAUAAUAAAAGCACAGAUUUGGGACACAGCUGGGCAGGAGCGGUACCGAGCUAUUACCAGCGCUUAUUAUCGCGGAGCACUUGGUGCCAUUCUUGUCUAUGAUGUGACCAAACCCACUACCUUUGAGAAUAUCAGCCGUUGGCUCAAAGAGCUCCGCGACCAUGCCGACUCCAACAUUGUGAUCCUACUGAUUGGCAACAAGACUGAUCUCAAGCACCUUCAAGCUGUGGCCUCUGAGGAUGCUCAGAGCUAUGCAGAGAAGGAAAGUUUGUCCUUCAUUGAGACUUCAGCGUUGGAUGCCAUAAAUGUGGAGGAAGCCUUCCAGAUGAUUUUGGCUGAGAUUUACAGGACCAUUAGUAAGAAGACUCUUUCUUCUUCGGAGGAGACCGGAUCAGGCCCAAAUGCUGGGAUCAAGGAGGGGAAGACAAUUCAGGUGUCGGGUGCGGAGGCAAACACUACGAAGCAGUGUGGCUCUACCUAGGAAAGAGUGUUAUGUCUGAAGAUUUUGCUGGUUUCAUUUUGUUCCCUGCCUAUGUGCUCCGAUUUUAAUUGUUAAUUUUUUUAGGGUGUAUUUUGCAGAAAAAUCAUUCGUCUUUCCAAAUAUGUGAUAUCAUUUACAGAUUUAUGAGAGAAGAAAUGGAGAUGAUAAGAAAGUGUGCUAAGCUAAGAUAGAAAUGUAUUAGAGAAUUUAUGAUAUAAUUUUUGCAGUAGAAUAUUAUGAUAUUUUGUUAUUUGUGAA